CGGCCAGGCCAUAGGUACAGGAGCGCUGCACAAAGAGGUCACCUGGGAGCAGCCCCGGGUGUGGCUCAGGUGUCCCGGGGGACAGCCCAGAGUGGUACACAGCUGCAGGACGUUGUCCUCCUUCCUGUUCCUUUCCAGUUUUUGUGCUUCUCGGUUCUGCUGCAGAGAUUUGGGAAGAAAUCUCGGCCUGUGGGGUCCUGCAGGAGAAGCGCUGUGGAUCCUGCACCCUGUGGAUCAGAUGUCGUGAACUGUUUCUGGCUUGAGCUGGUUUUUCAGUGCAUCAGGAAGCAUGCAGCACCAAGUGUCCAUCAUGUCCGACUGGGUGCUCCUGGGGCUGAUUGCCGCAGUGGUGGCGCUGCUGCUGCUGACCAUCUUUGGUUUCGCCGUCUACUCGGGGCUCUUCACAGAGGUGGUAGUGAGUGCUGGCUCCCCUCCUGUCGGCAGUAUCACUCUGGCCUACAAGUUCAGGGUAGGCCCAUAUGGUGAAUCGGGGCAGCUCUUCACAGAUGGCUGCAGCAUCUCUUCAAAGCUGUGUUCCAUUGGCGUCUACUAUGACAACCCUCACACGGUGUCUCCAGAGAAGUGCCGCUUUGCCAUAGGCCGAAUCCUGAGCGAGGGAGAUGCAAAGCCAUCAGAAGAGCAGAUCAAACGGUUCCAGAAGUAUGGCUUCAAGAUCUUCUCCUUCCCUGCUCCCAGUCAUGUGGUCAUGGCAACCUUCCCAUUUACUACACCACUGUCCAUCCAUCUGGCAGUCAACCGUGUCCACCCAGCCCUUGACACCUACAUCAAGGAGAGGAAGCUGUGCGCCCACCCCCGGAUCGAGAUCUAUAAGGAGGACCGCAUCUACUUUGUGUGUCCCCUUGCCCGCCAAGGGGACUUCUACGUGCCUGAAAUGAAAGAACUGGAGAGGAAGAGCAGGGCUGCUGAGGCCGAGGAUGCCCAGACAGACAUCACAGGGGCCGACACCAUGAGUGAGACAAGCUCCAUCAGCAUAGAGGCCACAACUGACAGUAGAGACACCUCGGUGGCCACCUCUGUCCUGCUGCCCUUCCCAGCCAGCCGUGGCCGGGAGGAGGCUGACAACCGCAGCGAGCACAGCUACAGCGAGUCAGGAGCCAGUGGCUCCUCCUUUGAGGAGCUGGACCUGGAGGUCACUGGGGAUGGGGAGGGAGCCUCAGCCCUACUGCCCAGUGUGGGCUACGUGGGCAACCAGGAGGUCACAGACAAGUGGACCAAGGAGCCCACUGCUGCUGAGAGAGGAGAAGAGUGAAGUGGAGCCCUGGCUGCCUCACCUCUGAUGGGCUCUGAGUUGCUGGGAGCAAAUCUGCUCUCCCACGUCCUUACUCUCCAGCCAAGAGAUUUCGGUUGCUGAUUCCCCAUGGCACCCACUCUCCCUCUUUGCAGAAAGGGUGUUUGACCAUUUCAGGGGCCCCAGGAGGUGGGGGGUGUCCUGCAGCGCUCAGUGGUGCAGGGUGGGUGUAGGCUGGGGGGGAAGCAAAAUGCAUUUGCUGUUUGUGUGUCUUUAGAUGCGUCACAAAUUCCUCGCAGGUGUCUUGGGAGGGUGGUGGUGGAUCGCAGAGGUGUUCCACUUCACCUCUGCUGGUGCCCCCAUCACCCACAGCUUCUCUGCUGCACCACCACAUGUUUUCUAGCACCAAAGAGCCAUGAGUAGGGUCACUUGGGUUUGUUCCCCUCUUCUCUUCCCUUUGCUGAAAAAUGGAGACAUCCUGUGUAAACCUGGUCCUCCUGGCACUGCCAGGGGCGUUUUGGGGGUCUGUAAUAAAGUGAAU